AUGUCUACCGAUGUACGCGCUGAGACAGCGGUGACAGGUGCCAUGUCGCAUAUCAACAGCUUCCUGCAUCCACAAGCAGUCGUUAUCGACGACUCGGUGUCCGAAGAUGCAUUUUUCGUGCGAGGCAUGCGAAGUAAAACUGGUGCGCUAAAGAUGCCUCUUGUCGAAGUACCCAAGGAUAGAUUGGAGGACUUUGCCUGGGUCUCGCGACUUGACGCCGGCUCGCUCAAGCACUGGCACGACCCCACUGUAGACAUUCUGAUUCAAGUCCCGUCAGGCUCAUCCAGUGUUCUUCGAUUACUGGAGUCGAUUAAAGAUGCUGAUUACGGCGGUCUAACGUUGCCCCGCAUCACGAUCGAGCUACCAGCCGAGCUCGAUGUAUCCGUUCAGGAGCACAUAGAAAGCUUCAAAUGGCCCCCAAAGAGUGACAACCCAACGGGCGGAAGCGGUCUCAGCAUCAGACGGCGCAUCUCAACCCACCGCCAUGAUCAAGAGGAAUCGGCGAUACGUUUCUUGGAGUUGUUCUACCCCGCAAGCACAACCAAUUCGCAUGUGCUACUGCUCUCACCGCAGGCUCAGCUAUCGCCACAGUACUUCCACUUCGUCAAGUAUGCGUUGUUGGAAUACAAAUACUCUACUUACGGUGCAGAAGAUAACGAAAAGCUCAUGGGCAUGAGCCUGGAGUUACCACCGAUGCUAUUAGAUGGCAAGACGAAGUUGGAGGCUCCUUCGACCGACGACAUGCACACGGAUCGGUACAAGAAGUUGUAUCCUGACGCUAAGAGCGUGCCUUACAUGUGGCAGGCUCCGAACAGCCAUGCCGCGUUGUUGUUGGGGGACAAAUGGGCAGAGUGGCAUUCAUUCCUCAGCAACCGUGUUGUGAAACAUCAGCAGUCGGUCAAGUCGACAUCUCGGGAAAAGUUGGUGUCUGAGACACUUCCAGCAUGGACAGAGUACAUGCUCGAGUUUAUGCGCGCGCGAGGUUAUUCGCUCCUGUAUCCCGCAGCGAUGGAAAAUGCACUGGUUCCCAUCCACAACGAGUUGUAUCACAUCCCCGAGGAAUUCUCCGCAACUACCUCUGAGGACGGGAAAGAAAGUCCAACCAUACCGAAGGAGACAGAUGCACCGUUCCUGCGCGCCGACACACCACCCAAGCCACCCCAAAACCCCGAACCGCCAGUCAUCCCAGGCUCAGUGCCCCUCCACCAAGCGCUGCCUUUCAAAGGCGACCUCCCUGAGAUACCUCACCUGCCCCACCUUCUCUAUGAUGGGAAACCGAUUGCUCCCGCAAAUGUAUCUACCGUGGCGAAAGAAUAUGCUGACUUGUUCCGCACAGAGGUUGGAGGCUGCAAGAUACCCAAAGGCAAGCAUAAGAAGAUUGUUGCGGGUGAAGCUAGCGAUUUGUUCUGCUUUGGAGACGAGGAUGGUAGUGACUGGGUGGAUGAUGAGACGAGAGAGGUGGAGAUGUUUGAUGCGCCGAUUGAUGAUGAAUUGGAGAAGUUGAUUGAGGAUGCGCUACCUAUUGCGACGUCGACGAGGGAGAGGACGAUCACGAGACCUACAGCUGAAAGUGAAGAACCAUGA